AUGUGGUCGGCCGGGUUCACAGCGGUAGUAUUCUACGCCUUCCUCGGCGCGAACCUGUUUUCACGCCGGUCGCCGUUUUUCCACGACACGGGCGCACCGCCGGCGGGCGAGUGGGCCGACGGGCCGCUGAAGCUCGUCGACACGCCGUGGACGCUGCGUCAAAAGGACGACCUCUUCACCACGGCGGCCACGCACAUGGCGCUCCUGCACAACGCCCUCAUCCGCGGCUACAACUCCAUCUAUCUGCAGGCGCCGCACGUCCGCGCCGGCGACGUGUCCGACUUUGCCGCCUACGCCCUCACCUGGCACAAGUUCCUGGUGUCGCACCACGACGACGAGGAGGCCAGGCUGUUUCCGGACGUUGUCGAGAUACUGAGGGACGACGGCGUGUGGGCCAACACGAAGCAGGAGCACGGAUCUUUGCUCCCCGGCCUGGCUGCCUUCCAGGCGCUCCUCAACGGCACCGACGCCGCGACCUACGACGCCUCCGCUCUCCGGGGGGUGAUGGACUCGUUUGCGGCCGACUUGUCGGCGCAUCUGCACAACGAGGUCGCCGUCAUGGCGGACAUGUCGGCGCACGAGAAUGCCCCGGCGCGGCAGUCUCUCAGGGGCGCCCUGGCAGGCGACAUGCUCCGGGCGUGGGGGAAGAGCACCGUCACCAAGGCGGGGUACGUGGACGUGGUGCCGUUUUUCCUCUUGAACACGGACCGGACGUUCGAGGGCGGCGUGUGGAGGAAUUGGCCGCGCAUACCCGCCGUCGUGAGGUGGAGCUUGGUGAAUCUGGUCGGGAUGAGACACGGCCCGCGGUGGAGGUUUUCGAGCUGCGAUGCUGCGGGGCGGCCGAGGGAGCUGUUUGCUCCGAGGGCGCUGAGGGAGGCCAAGGGCAAGGAGGAGGCGGAGAAGGCUGACCUGUAG